AAUUCCGAUUAAUCAACUAAAAUGAAAAAGUUUUUGUACGAGUAUAAAGCUUUGAAAAGUAAAUCCGAGACAGAAACGUCAAAAGGUGUAAGAAAUAGACGAAAAGUGGAUUCGCUGCAGGACAUGGGAGUCUUCAAGUGGCUGCGUCGGGAACGUGUAACGGUGACCACUCGUCACGUGAGUCCCGAGCCCACGACUCCAGAAGAACAAUGCCCAAAGAGUGCCUCGCAGGUGGGCACCAUACGCACCGAGGAGUACAAGCGGGACUUGGCAGAGUUCCAAGCGAGGAGGUCCGCGGGAAGCAAAGACCUACAAGUCACACCCUCUAAGAAGAAAUGCGGCCGCCACUCGCUACCGGUCUCCUGCACAGACUGCGCAGAACACGAUAACACAUUCAACUACGAGAAGAAAUCCGCCGUCAAAUACAAGAAGAAAACCCACAAACGAAUCAGAAGCGCCAUGUCGGAAGAGAAGAUUUACGACGGCCUCCCAAACAUACAAUUUCUGUUCCAAAAUCAAGUUUUUAUGCCCGGAAAUAUGCUGGCGACGUCUACUUACUCCGAACCACACAAAUCGCGGCGAAAUUCUCGGCAAAGAUGCUACAGGCCGCCAGAUCCUGAAUUCCAAGCCCAAAGGCAUAUAGAUUUUAAAGACGAAGAUCGCGUGGAUUCUCCAGAAUUCUGCAAAAAGAGUUCCUUGCCUUUCGACCUGAGGAACUUUUUGGAUGGUACUAGAAGUGAUGUGGAGGAAGUAGACGGUGCGAAGUCGGGGGGAGACGUGAAGAUAUCUAGUCAGUUAUCAUCAAACGGCGUUAACAAUGACAGCGGGGAAGAUAAGCUUUGGGAGGUGAUGAGCGAGCUGAAGAACUUAGAUCAGUGGGCAGACGAGCAACUGCAGCCCCGGUCGCCGAAUACGACCAAGUCUGAAGACAGCAAAAGUGACACAAGCGCAUUGGGGCUGCCGAUCGCGAGCGCAAGCAACCUAGACGUGAGCUCAGACAGAAGUAAGGUGUGGAACCACGGCCGCUGGGGCGUGGUCCCGGUGCAAAUCAAGAGGAUGCCCGGUGUCACCGGCGAGCAUGUCAGGAGGAAACGGAACACGGAGAUAAACAUAUUGAGAAAAUGUCGCCAUCCUAACAUCAUCCUGCUAAUGGGGCUGUAUCCCGACGUGCACAAUAACGUGCAUAUCGUUUGCGAGCGCUGCGUCGAUACAUUGUAUGGCAUAAUACACGUGCAGGGCCGGAUUCUAACCGCCCAAAUAUCGGUGCGCUACGCUCUGGACAUCGCGAAUGCUCUGGUCUUCCUUCGUAUGCAAGGAUACGUGCACAGCGAGUUAAGCAGCCACAGCAUCAUGAUAACUGGCCAUGACGCGGCCAAACUGGCCGACCUUAGUCCGUGCCUGAAACUGCCCAAAGCUAGGGAGAGGCGAGAUAAGGGAUACGAGAUUUACUCGCCGGAGCCGCAGUAUGCUACUAUUGAAGAUACGCGCGAAACCAACAGCGCGGAAUGCGAGCCUCUCAUAUCGGAGCGUUCGUCAGAGGCGUACCUGACCUCCCACGCGGUGUCAAAGGACUACCUGACGUGCCGGAACUCUGAGCACUACCGCUGGCAGGCGCCAGAACUAUUUGAGCCAGAUGAGGAGGGCUUCGUACAUGCGUGUUCUCGCAGUGAUGUGUACUCGCUCGCGCUUAUACUGUGGGAGUGCUGCAACGCUGCGCUCCCAUGGAAGACACUAUCCUACGACAAGCUCAAGGAACUCUACGUGCUAUGGAAGACGGGCAUCCGUCUACCGAACAACGGGACCUACCCGGGCAGUCUGCUGGCCCUGCUGCAAGGCGGGCUGAAGGUGCAACGCGGGGAACGCAUAGACCUCGCCGUAAUGCAGGACACUUUGCAGAAUGUUAAGGUAACAGCACAGAAUAAUAAUAAUACUAUUUAUAAUAUUUAUAAGACGGGCAUCCGUCUGCCGAACAACGGGACCUACCCGGGCAGCCUACUGGCCCUGCUGCAAGGCGGGCUGAAGGUGCAACGCGGGGAGCGCAUAGACCUCGCCGUGAUGCAGGACACUUUGCAGAAUGUUAAG